CCUCGAGCCGCUGGUUUCAUCUGUAUAGGUGAGGCAGACGUGAGAUCGCGGAUCAGGCAGCCUCCGUUCCUCCUCCGUCAGCUCCGGCAUGUUACCGCCUCUGCCCGCGGAGAAGCUCCGGGGUCUGGCUGUUGGUCCUGAUUAAGACGCAGGCUUACCUGAAACACGGACAGAAGAAGAAAAGGUCAAAAUGUCUGACGAGGAGGAUGCUGCUCCGACUGUGAAGAAGAGCCGAGUUUUCUAUGGGAGCCUGGAGGAGAAAGAGCGGGAGCGUCUGAGUGCCAAUGCAGCGAGUAGCACAGCAACAGGAAGUGAUGCAGUGAAGGCGGGGAUCGAGGCGGGAAAUAUCAAUAUCUCAUCAGGAGAGACUCUGGAGAUUGAGGAGCGGGUCAGUGAACGGCAGCAGGAAGCGCUCGCUGAGUUUGAGCGGCGACGGCGAGCCCGACAGAUCACAGUCUCCACCGAUGAUGCCGAGGUGAAGGCUGGCCUCCGAGCGCUGGGAGAGCCAAUCACGCUUUUUGGAGAGGGACCAGCUGACCGCCGCGAGAGAUUGCGCAGCGUUCUGUCUGUUGUUGGUCCAGACGCUCUCAAGAAAUCCAGGAAGGAUGAAGAGCGAGCAAAGAGAUCGCAGGAUGAGUGCCAGCAGACAUGGUACCACGAAGGCUCUGUCUCCCUGAAGAAUGCUCGGCUCUGGUUGGCCAGAUAUUCCCUGCCACGGGCAAUGAGGCGUCUUGAGGCUGCACGCACUCAGAAGGAUGUUCCUGAGGCAACCAAAACAAUUCGGCAACAAGAGCUGCACAAGAGCCUGAGGAAUCUGAACAACUUUUGCAGUCAGAUUGGCGAUGAUCGACCAAUCAGCUUCUGCCACUUCAGCCCUGACUCUAAACUGCUGGCUACGGCCUCCUGGAGUGGUCUGUGUAAGCUGUGGUCUAUCCCCGACUGCAACCUGAUUCGUACACUCAGAGGUCACAACACCAACGUGGGUGCUAUCGUCUUCCGCCCACAGGCCGUAGUCUCUCUCGACCAAUCAGACGUCAGCUUGGCUUCGUGUGCCGCUGAUGGCUCAGUGAAGCUGUGGAACCUGGAAAGUGAUGAGCCUGUGGCAGACAUUGAGGGCCACAGUGAGCGAGUUUCUAGAGUGUCAUGGCAUCCAUCAGGACGGUUCCUGGGAACGACCUGCUACGAUAACUCAUGGCGUCUCUGGGAUCUGGAGGUUCAAGAGGAAAUCCUUCAUCAGGAAGGUCACAGCAAAGGCGUCCAUGACUUGACCUUUCACCCCGACGGCUCUCUGGCUGCUACGGGAGGGCUGGAUGCAUUUGGCAGGGUGUGGGACCUGCGGACAGGACGCUGUGUCGUUUUCCUGGAGGGUCACCUGAAGGAGAUCUACAGCCUGCACUUCUCCCCCAAUGGGUAUCACCUGGCAACAGGGAGUGGAGACAACACCUGUAAGGUCUGGGAGUUGAGAAACAGGAAGUGCCUCUACACAGUCCCCGCCCACCAAAACCUGCUGUCUGCUGUCCGCUUCCAACCUACAGAUGGUCACUUCCUACUGACUGGUGCAUAUGACAACACAGCGAAGGUCUGGAGUCAUCCGGGUUGGAUGCCCCUGAAGACACUAGCGGGACAUGAGGGGAAGGUAAUGGGUGUUGAUGUGUCACCUGAUGGGAAACUCAUCGCCACCUGUUCAUAUGAUCGGACCUUCAAACUGUGGCUGUCUGAAUGAUGUCAUCAGUGCCAGCAUCACCUAUGUGAUCAAGAUGCAAAUUGUAUUGUUUUUUUUUAAUGAGUUUCUUUUUUUUCUCUUUCGGAAUA